AUGCCAAGGUCGUGCUUGGUGGAGGCCAGGCUUUGGUUUAGUACUUCGUACUUAACAGAUAUAGUAUGGUGGUCUGGCACUAUAGCAAUGGCUCUGGGUCAGAUAGGGAAUUUCUUGGCCUACACUGCAGUCCCAACUGUGCUAGUGACGCCCUUGGGAGCUCUUGGCGUUCCAUUUGGGUCCAUUUUAGCUUCUUACUUACUGAAAGAAAAACUGAACAUUCUUGGCAAGCUGGGAUGUUUGCUGAGCUGCGCUGGGUCUGUUGUUCUCAUCAUCCAUUCCCCAAAGUCCGAGAGCGUAACGACUCAGGCCGAGCUUGAAGAGAAGCUUACAAAUCCAGUUUUUGUGGGUUAUCUCUGCGUAGUGCUGCUAAUGCUUCUCCUGCUUAUCUUCUGGAUAGCUCCAGCUCAUGGACCUACUAAUAUCAUGGUUUACAUCAGUAUUUGCUCUCUGUUGGGCAGUUUCACUGUUCCCAGCACAAAAGGGAUUGGGCUGGCUGCUCAAGAUAUCUUUCACAAUAACCCGUCGAGUCAAAGGGCUCUGUACCUCUGUCUGGUACUUCUGGCAGUAUUAGGGUGUAGCAUUAUCAUUCAGUUCAGAUACAUCAAUAAGGCACUGGAAUGUUUCGACUCCUCUGUGUUUGGUGCCAUCUACUAUGUUGUGUUUACCACCUUAGUCCUGCUGGCUUCAGCCAUCCUUUUCAGGGAAUGGAGUAAUGUAGGAGUGGUAGAUUUCUUGGGAAUGGCUUGUGGAUUCACCACAGUAUCUAUUGGAAUUGUUCUUAUACAAGUCUUCAAGGAAUUCAACUUCAAUAUCGGGGAUUUAAAUAAACCUAACAUGAAGACAGAUUAA